CGCAAUGAUACCAUGUCGACGGAAUCGACCCGCCCGUUGUUGCUGCCCCAGAACCGCAAGCUACGCCAUCUACGCGGCAUCUAUCUGAGGAACCUCGCCUUCACUCGCCAACACGGACGGACCAUUGACGAUGCUGCUCUUAACAAGACAGCUGGUAAGCUCGAGGCCUUGCGCGAGAGACCAGACCUACACCAUACGCUAUCAUCAGAGGACCUCCGCCCACCCGCUGUCCGACGCCGCAGCACCCACUUGGCCAACGCCGACCCCGCCACGCGACAAAAGAGCUUCCAAGAUACUUUUGCCAGCAAGCUUGCCGAUGCCUUCUUUACCCUUCACGUCGACGGUCUGGAAGAUCCCAUAUACAUCAGCGAAGUUGCUGAACGAGCUACGAACUUCAACUUCCGUCUAUUCGAGCUUGCCGACCUGGAUUCGACCAUAACUCGAUCUCCCCAAGUAACCGUCCGAAUAUGGACCAACCGACAGGACCAAUGGAGCCUCCUCCUCGAAGACGAAGUCGACCUCCGCACCCUCAACUGGCUCGGCACCCUUCAGAACGUCAACUUCCCACCCAACAGCCUGGUUUUCCACAUGGUAGACGGCAUCUACUCCCUUGAGAUCUCCAACUCAUACCCACCACCCAAGAAGGAGGUUCCCCCUUUACCAACCUCCUCCUACAACGUCCUCAUGCGUCUCGCCACCCUCAACAACUCGAUUCAAGACGCUCUCGCAACCCGUGACGCCCUCGCCGCACAAAUCAACGGCCUCCUCGCCCAGGAAGAGGAGAAACAAAAAGACGUGGGGACCCUCGCCGAAGCCGAAGAGCAAGUCAAGCUAGCCUCCAAGUACCUUUCGGCCCAAAAGCGCAUCGUGGCCGCCGCAAAGAAGCACAACGACGACCUGCGCGCCUCCAUCGCCGCCCGCAAAGCCGCCAUAGAAUCCGGCUUGGCCGUCCAGCGCAAAGCCGAAGAAGACGUCCAUCACGCCGCCGGCGAACCGCUCGCACAAUCCAAGGCCCUCCUCUCCUCCGUCCGCGACCAAAUCCGCGGUCAACGCCGACGCAUCUGCGAGGACCUGUUGACCAUCUACCGCAUCCAACCGAUCCCUCCCCCGACCGACCCGAAAGCGCAGAAAGAGCAUGACCCGCUAUCCUUCCAAAUCUGCUCUCUCCCGCUCGCCAACACGGUACUGGACCCAACCACCACGACCGCGCACUGCUUCGUCUCUUCUCCUUACGGCAGCAGCAGCAGCAGCCUAUCAUGCAUCCCCAAAGAAAAAUACCCCCACGAGGAAUCCCUCUCCGCCUCCCUCGGUCUCGUCGCCCUCUUGGUGCACCACCUCCAACUAUACCUCUCCGUGCCGCUCCCCUACCCGAUCAAAUGGCACGGUUCUCGCUCCACCAUCCGCGACGACAUUUCCAAUUUUCCCAUGAACCCCAACGCCUCUUCCUAUUCCUCUCACGCCUCCCAAUCGUCUCGGUCCGCAUCAACCAACUCCCCUGCCAGCUUGGGAGAAGAAACAGAUCCUAGCAGGGAAUUCCCCCUCUUCCUACCCAAGGGAGGCAGCACAGCCCAGUACCGCUUCGAAUACGCCUGGUUUUUACUAAACAGAAACAUCGAAGUCCUCUGCUGGAGCCAAGGCCUCAAAGUCGUGGACAUACGCCACACGCUGCCGAAUCUACAGUGGUUGUUGAUGGUCUGUAGUGCAGGGAAGGACGAGGUUCCCGAGCGCAAAAGGGGAGGGGUAAGGGGGUUGUGGUUGGGGAGAAUAAGGGGGAAAGUGGUGGGGAUGGGCAUGAAGUUUGAUGAUGAUGUGGAUGGGAGUGCCAAUGGUAGUCAAGCUGGUGGUGACGAAAGAGGAAUCAGUAGUAGGGACCACGACGACGACGACAUCGGGAGUAGGAAUAGUAGUAGGAGUAGGAGUAGAAGGGGAAGCACAGACAGCGAUGCUGCCACCACCAUCAUCAGCCCCCGAACGACAACGACGCGGAGGAUAACAACGGGAGGAGUAGGAGGAGGAGGGGGAGGUGGUUUAACUAUCGGCUACCACCAUUACGGCAACGGUAACGGCAACGGGAACGGGACGACGGCAGGUGCUACCAGAUCCCCGCUGUCCCGCUCACCUUUGGCCCAGCAGCAGCUCCCAUUUGAUGAGGGAUCAACGAAACUCACACUGAGAACCAAGGGGUUAAGGGAGAGUGUUGCUCGCUGACACUCCUUCAUACGGGUAUAAUGAUGAAGUUUGGGCUUGAAAUGAUAACGAUCGGUAAAAAAAAAAAAAAUGUUAAGGGAUCGAACGAAUGGUUUCAAAAGGAUGGAUGGAUGGCUAUGGCAAGCGAUGAGCUUAUUUAUGCUUAGGUUUCUUGGAAUUCAUGAAUACCAAGGCUUCUGUGAUGAUAAUGAGAAUGAAAAGAGCCGUUGAUGUUG